AUGUGGCUUGACCGGCUUGCUGGCCAGGCCAGCGGCUCUGGCUCAUCCACGCCCCAAUCUGUCUCUCGGUCCUUUUCGCCACUGCCGCGACGAACAUCGAGCAAUCUCAGUCCCUAUGUCACGUCACAGCGCCAAGGCCAAUCGCCCAGGGGCUCUUCGCUUUCGCUCGUGUCUUCCGAGUCCUCCGCAUCGUUGCUGGCCUCGUCGCGGCGGCCCAACGGAUCAGGCCUGAAACAAUCUUCAGCGCCCGUUGCGCAUCCCACAAACUCAAUAGAAACUUUGGAGAAGCUUCUUGGGAAGACCUCUAGCUCCGCGCCGGCUCCCGAUUCAGACAUUCUCGACUCCGACUUCGACCUUGAUUUCGACUUUGGUGGCUUGUCUCUGAAAGAGCUCGCAGCGUCGCAAGAUGACGCAGAUACACAACCUCGAAUACCCAAACCCCAGAAACCCUCAGAUUACGCAAACGACCAGGCCAAGUUUGAGGACCUGCAUCGUUCAAUCACUGCAUGUGAUGAUAUACUCAGCUCCGUCGAAACGAACCUUACAAGCUUCCGCAACGACCUGGCUUCCGUGGCCUCUGAUAUCGAGUCUUUGCAAGACCGUUCGACAGCCCUCAAUAAGAGACUUGAGAACCGGAAAGAGGUAGAAAAGGCUCUCAGCCCCUUGGUCGAAGAGCUCAGCCUGUCGCCCGAAAUUAUUACUAAGAUUACUACCGGCCACGUUGACGAAACAUGGCCCAAGCUGCUCACGGAGUUGGAUCGACGAGCUACUGUGCAUAAAAGGAAGACCAACGAAACCCAGCAAAGCAAGGCGACUUCUGACCUCGGUCCUUUGCUAGAGAAGUUGGUGCAAAAGGCUGUUGAGCGCAUUCGAGACUUUAUCGUCGCUCAGAUCAAAGCCCUGCGGUCGCCCAACAUUAACGCCCAAAUUAUCCAACAACAAAAAUUUCUCAAAUUCAAGGAACUCUUUACAUUCCUGCACAAGCAUCAUUCCCAACUUGCUGAGGAAAUUGCACUGGCGUACAUGAAUACCAUGCGCUGGUACUACCUAACUCAAUUCACGCGAUAUGAAAAGGCACUUGGAAAAAUCAAGCUCCACGUACUCGACAAGAACGACACGUUAAACCACGAAGAAACGACACGCAUGGCCAGCGUAUUGUCAGCUGCACGAAUGACUGGACCACCACAUGAUGCCUUUAACAUUGGACGGCGUAUCGACAUCAUAAAAGCGAGCGAGCAACCAGCACUCUCCUCAUUCCUCGCCGAGGAAGACAAGGCUACACACUACCUAGAAGUGCCAUUCCGCAGCUUCAAUCUCGCUUUAGUAGAUAACGCGGCGGCGGAGUAUACAUUCCUUGCCACGUAUUUCUCACCGUCACUGUCAUUUUCCCACAUCUCCAAAAACUUCAACUAUAUCUUCGAGCCUACUUUUGAGCUUGGGCAAACGCUUUCCAAGACACUCAUUGGCGAUACCUAUGACGCACUCGGCGUCCUUGUCUGCAUUCGAUUGAAUCAGCAUUUUGCUUUCGAGUUGCAGCGUCGACGAGUUCCAGCCGUGGACGGCUACGUCAAUGCCACGAACAUGUUGCUGUGGCCGCGGCUGCAGGUUAUUAUGGAUCGGCACUGCGAAUCAGUUCGACAACUGACUAACUCGACGUCGGUAAAGGCGAGUAAGUCGACGGCGGAGCAGGCCAAGGUCUCUGCAGCACCGCACCAAGUGACGCAGCGAUUUGGCCAGCUGCUGCACGGAUUCCUUUCUCUAAGCAGCGACGCAGGAGAUGACGAGCCCGUGGCCACUAGUCUGCAACGCUUGCGCACCGAUGUCGAGGGAUUCCUGACGCGCUUCGGCAAUUCAUUUGGAGCGGAUAAGCGCAAGACGGCCCGUUUCAUGUACAACAACUACUCGCUGAUUCUUACCAUUAUCAGCGACACAACGGGGAAGCUGGCUGAUGAGCAGCAGCAGCACUUUGAAGAACUCAAGACGGCCUACCAGGAUGGGGACUAA